CACCACAUACACACCACGUUGUCAAAACAAGCCAGGAAUUAAUAUACAAAAUGACGGCAGACUCUGUGUUAAGCAUCCAGGGGAAGAGGACCUCUGGCACGUCUGUAAGGACGGAGAAUGGUAAGUCUGGUACCUCUGUAGUCAUAGUAGCUGCCAUUAUUAACACGGGUUAUACCAGGUUAAAUCUUUAUAAUUUAUCAUUACUGUACACUUGUAAAUGCAUUUAUCCCCUCAAGGGGCUGACGAAUCCAAGUUUCGGUAAAACGGUUGGUGAUGGCACAACUAGUGUAGUCAUCAUUGCUGCAGAAUUGCUGAAAUCUGCUGAUGACCUGGUGAAACAGAAGAUCCAUCCCACCUCCAUCAUUGCUGGCUACAAGCUGGCUUGCAAGUACAUAUACCUCUACUUUUGUAACAUUGCCGUGAUCUCCAUUGACAGUGAUUUCUUUGCGAACAUGGUAGUAGAUGCUGCUUUGGCAGUACGUACCUCUGAUGGCAAGGGUGGAUUCAAGUAUCCAAUCAAGGCUGUCAAUGUUUUGAAAGCUCAUGGACGUUCAGCAACAGAGUCCAUCAUUGUCAAUGGUUAUGCACUGAAUUGCACAGUGCAUCACAUGGUUACUAUGGUGAAGAAAAUGGUAAAUGCCAAGAUUGCUUGUCUGGACUUCUCGCUCAACAAGGAGAAGAUGAAACUUGGAAUUCAAGUAUUAGUGAAUGACCCUUCCAAGCUGGAGGCCAUCAGGCAGCGUGAGUCAGACAUUACUAAGGAACGUAUUGAAAAAAUUUUGAAAACUGGCGCCAAUGUGAUCUUAACCACAGGUGGUAUUGAUGAUCUUUGUUUAAAAUACUUCGUUGAGGCUGGUGCUAUGGCUGUCAGACGUUGCAAAAAAUCAGAUCUUAAGAGAAUAGCAAAAGCUACAGGUGCAACUUUCCUAACUACGAUGUGCAAUUUGGAAGGUGAAGAAUCAUUUGAUGCAAGCUACCUUGGUGAAGCUGCUGAAAUCUCUCAGGAACACAUUUGUGACGAUGAACUCAUUCUAAUUAAAGGACCAAGUGUUCGCUCUGCCAGUUCUAUUAUUCUUCGGGGUCCCAAUGACUUCUAUUGUGAUGAGAUGGAGAGGUCCGUCCAUGAUGCAUUAUGUGUGGUGAAGAGAGUACUCGAAAGUAAUGCCAUUGUCUGUGGGGGUGGUGCUGUGGAGGCUGCACUCUCAGUUUAUCUUGAGAGCUUUGCCACUAGCCUGAGCUCAAGAGAACAACUGGCAAUUGGUGCAUUUGCACAAUCUCUGUUGGUAAUUCCCAAUACCCUGGCUGUGAAUGCUGCCAAAGAUGCCACAGAUCUAGUACCCAAACUGCGAGCAUACCAUCAUUCCUCACAGGUCAAAACUGAACAUUCACAGCUUAAAUAUUAUGGCUUGGACCUAAUGGAAGGUCAGGUGCGAGACAACAGAAAGGCUGGUGUAUUUGAACCAGCAAUGAGCAAGUUAAAGCAAUUAAAGUUUGCUACUGAAGCAGCCAUAACUAUUCUCCGCAUUGAUGACAUGAUCAAGUUGGAACAGGAACCAAGUAAAGAGAGUGGAUACCAACAAGCUCUACAGUCAGGCCAGCUUGGUUAAGGCAGCAGAAGACACUCUCGCCUAAAAGUUUACUCUUCAUGCUAGCAGGAACAGCUGCAAAGAACAAAUGCAGUGUGAUGAAUUUUUUUCAUACUCUCAUAUUUCUUGUUUAAAGUGGUUUCCCUUAACUUUUGCACAAUAACCAGUGGACAGGUGGCAGGCUGAAAGUUGAUUACCUCUGGAACUUAACCAAUGAUAGUGUAAGCAAUGAUCAAUAUUGAAAAUUAUUAUAUUACUGUAUGCUAGCACUGCUCUGAAAUAUAAUUUUCGUUUGAAUAAAUGCUUUCAUCAAGAACAAACUGCUUUUAAUGCGAUUAACCUCUUAAGUUUUUGUUUAACUGAAAGUGGCAAUCACAAGUGAAUAUUUCAGAUCAAACGAAUUUGGGUACCUGUCAUGUUUUCUUUAAUUAAAUUCUGUCAAAUAAUAUUGUAUUAAUAAACUUUUUUAACAAAUCCCAAGUAGUUAAA